AUGGAAGGAAAAAAGAAUGAGAAACGAAAAGGAUUUGAUGAGCCAAAUUUAGAUUUAUCUCUUAAAACUCCUGAAUAUGAAUCAAUUAACAAGAUUUCAACCAUGGAAGAGGUGAUGAAUUCUGAACUCAAAGAUGGUCAAGUAGACCCCAAUGUGGACUUGAAUAAGUUGAGAAGUAGAAGGAUGUCAAAUCGAUUGUCUGCUCAAAGGGCCAGGAUGAGGAAGGUUGAAUACACAACUAAAUUGGAAAAAGAGGUCAAACAUCUUCAGGAUACAAUAGCUUUGAUGCGACCAAUAAUGGAAAAUGCAAAAGACAGUAAAAAGAAGUUGCAGCUAGAGAAUAAAAUAUUGCAACAACAAUUGGAUUGCCACAGUAACAAAUCUAAUUUACGUGCAGUGCAAACUGAAGAGUUGAAAGUUGAAUUGAAGAGGCUUAAGGAACUUGCAAAGACUCAAGAAGCUGAAGAGAAUAUGGAAAUUGAGGGACAAAGUUUUCACUCUUAUGAUCAUGAUGCCUCAGAAUUAGCUGCAGAUAUAGACGUGGAUCAGUAUCUCAACUUAGACAACAUCAACUUUUCCCCAUCCAAGAAUGACAAUAUGUGA